ACGACACUGAAUGUGCCUUCGAAGUUCCCAGAGCUACUGCCGCUGAGCUGCUGCGCAGCAGUUCUACGUACAUAUGCAUAUUUUCGAACAUUGAUCGAGCUUCUAUGAAUGCAUGAAUAAGGGUAUAUCUAUCGAUUCGACCUCACACUCCAUAACGUCUUCAAGGCCUCAACUCUUGACAAUGCUCGAUGAUUCACUUGCAACCUUGAAGGCAACGUCAGAGUCAUGGCCGAUUGGCAAUGGCGCUGAACCAGCGGGCCCCCGAUCUUCUUUUCUUUCUGACGGCACAACAUCUCCUCCUGCGGCAUAUCCUCGAAACUUCUCCUUUUACUAUGACUAUAGAUCAUUUUUGGUCGAAGGUGUUUUGUUCAGGUUCCCGAUCAACCUCCUGGCGAAGGAGUCGCUGGUCUUCCGAGAUAUGAUGGAGGUUCCCGCGCCUUUACAAACGGAAGGCUUGACCGAUGAAAAUCCGAUACAUCUAGAUGGAGUUUCCAAUGCUGAUUUUGUACAGCUUUUGACAAUCCUCGCUCCUCCUCAAAGAUUCAAAGACCCAACGCCAAAAUUGACAUUCGACGAAUGGACAUCCGUCCUGAAAUUAUCAGAUAUGUGGUGCAUGGAUGUAGUCAAAGAACAUGCCAUUUCGACCAUGAACAGCCUUUCCGGAGUUGAUCCUGUGGAUAAGGUCGUUGUGGCGAGGAAGUACGGGAUUACAUCCUGGCUUACACCUACAAUCAAUGUGAUCAUUCAACGUUCAGAACCUUGGAGUGAGCGCGACGUAGAGCGUCUGGGCCUUUCUACCGUCCUUAAGCUUGCAGAAUUCCGUGAUCGCCUCCAGCCACGCAGUCAAUACGGAUAUGGCUUUGAUUGGGAGUUAGUUACUCAAAGGAGGGAAACUUCCGUAGAUUUUUCCGGAGUAAUCAUGGCCGAAUUGCCAGAUUUUCAAGGAUGUUAUUAGUUUAACCCCCUCAGAAAUUUUGGAUCUGGAGGGACAGGGUGAGAAGAAGAAGAAGAAGAAGAAAGGAAAGUAACUGAACGACAACAUACGAAGUUCGCGAGCACUAUAUCUCCUACAUUGCUGGAUCAUAUAUUGUAUCUGUUUCAAUCGCGUCUUUGAAAAACUGUCCGACAAAUGCAAAGAGCUUCGACAAAUACAAUAUCCGUUACAAU